AUGGAGUGCUUACGUGCAGAGCUCGGCCAUCAUGCGCCCACCUCUGCACCUCAGCACCUCCGUCUGCAUGCCAGUUUCAAGUCAAGAGAGCCCGAAACACUCGACGACUCUCUCUUCUGGAAGCGGGCAACAUCCCCAACCUCCGAAACAGAGACGGACGACCUCAGUCGAUCAUCACUGUCUAGCUUUGAACGGAGUUCGAGCGACGAAACAUUGGAGCAGGAGCUGGAAUCCGUCAGGGAAGUCACGCAUCUCUCAAAAGCACGAGCGCUGGCUUUGCAGAAGGAGCUCUUGGCUGCUUUCUCAGCUCCAAGCUUUCAGAAGUGCUUUUCCGAACUUGUUCGGGGCAAGAAGCGUGUACUGUACGAGCAGCUUGUCUGCAAGCAGCAAAUGGAGCUGAUUGGCAAGUACGGCUUCGAAGUGUCGAGUGCGGGGUUGAUGGACAUGCAGCAAGCCCUGAAGAAGUUUUCGGACGAUCCGGACAUCCUAGUGAACGACCUGGCCAUCGAAGAAGCGUUGGCUAUCGACAGGACUCACAUUAGCCAGAGCAACGAAGAGCAGAUCCAUGCGAAGCACAACCCAAAGCCCGUAACGUCCGUCAGCGUCUGCGAUUUGCUGCGUUCCCAGCUCGUCAGCUUCGGCUAUGCGCCCUUCCAAUCUUCCAUAAAGCAGUUGAAGGACACCGUGGACAGCCAGCUGGGACAUCCCGACCCACAAGGGUACUACCAUCUACCGGGACGGGCAGAACUGGCUCUCCAGGUCCAGAAGGAGAUCUUGCCCAGCUUUGGUUUCGAGGGAUCCAAGGUUGGCGUGCAGGAGAUGAUCAUGCAUUGCGCCCGUUUUCUCAAGAACCGAGAAGUUGCCUUGCUUUUGGAUGCGGUAAAUGCGAUAGAGCUUGCGUCUUUGCUCUGGUUGGCCCAGGAAGCUUGGCAUGACGCCCGUGAAGCCAUGCUGCUUGCCACCCAGGAGAGUGGUGCAGUCGGACGCCGUCACAGCGUAGUCUUUAGGCCACGGAAUGCCAACAUUACCUUCCAGUUCUUAUGGUAUGCUGCUGUGACUUUGAAGCGCUUUGAAGGUCGGGAGUAUGUGCAGGACCACCUGGCCCAAGCGAACUACUUCCGCGACGCGGCAAACCUUGGCGAGUACAGAUCCGGGGCCCACUUCUUGCCCUACAUCAACAACGAGGUCAAGGGCCAGGACGGUGUGUUCGUGUCGGAGAAUGCCACGUACAAGGAGAAUUUCAAGUCCUUGGAAAAGCUGGUGCUGGUGAUGGCUGAAGACGACACCAUGGCAAGUCUGGCAACACUUGUCGGCAUGUCACAGAAGUCGAGUGCUGUCUGUUUGCGCGUGCCAGGUGAGCACUUCGGCUACUUCAAAGAUGGCUCAACGGAGACCUUGGUGGACAUGCGUGAUGCACCGUGGUAUACUGACGAUUGGUUUGGUCUCAAGAGCUUGGACCAGGACAAGAAGAUCGACUUUUUGUCGACACCAGGCAACCACCUGCGCUUCAAGACUGACUUCUUGGUUGAGAUGGUCAAAAAGUACUUCGUGACCUCCAGCGACACGGUCUGGGCUCAGCGCCUUCACGGUGGCCGAUGGUGCAACACGAGUCGUGCAGGCUCAACCAUGCCGCAGCUCGAGCGAAUCCCCUUGCCGAGCGACCGCAGCAGUCAACCUGCACAGCAUGAGUUCGCGCUCAUCACGGACUUGGACAAAGCGUCACGCCAUCCGAGCAAGCAGACAUGGCACGCCUGGUUUCGAAGAGGUGCGCUUCGCUUCGAGACCGGAGCCGGCCGCUAUCAUCUCGAUUGGCUUCACACGAGCAAGCUUGAAAGCAGCCUUUCCUUCAAGAACCGUAGCAUGGAGCUAAGCGAGUUGGUCCGUUUCCAGGAACAUCUCCUUGCGAUGUGCCACUUGUCGCAGACAGGUUUGUGGGAUGUGCUGCGGCUAUGGGUGCUUGCAGGUGAUAUUACGGGCCUGGUCUUCGAAGUCGAUCCGGAGGAGGGUCAGGCAUUUCAACGACUGGCCUUGGCAGACGGCAACGGUAGAUCCAUGAAGCCCUUCAAAGCUGAGUGGGCCACUGUGAAGGACGGGUACCUGUUCGUGGGCAGCAUGGGUCGUGAGUGGACCGAUGACGAUGGCUCCGUGGUGCACCGCGAUGCACAGUGGGUAAAACGCAUAGAUUCGAACUGGCAUGUCCAGAGCCUGGACUGGGGGCAGAGGUUCGAGGCCUUGCGCGCAGCCGUGGAUGCUAAGCUUCCGGGCUACCUGUGGCAUGAGGCCAUCAUUUGGGAUGAGUGGCUGGCAAGAUGGCUCGUGCUGCCGCGCAAGGAGAGUCGGGAGCCCUACUCUCCGACCGCAGACGAGACGCGGGGCACCAACUUGCUGUUGCUCGCAAACGACGACUUCUCAGUCAUCGAGACGCUCCGUAUCGGACCACUAGAGCCAGAAUGGGGUUUCGCAGCAAUUCGCAAGGUGCCAGGGACCAAUGACACCUUUGCUGCACUCAAGGUGCGUGAGGUGGGCAAGCGAACUGCGACGAAGUUGUGCGUGUUCGAUCUCAGCGGCCGCAUGCUCUUGGAGCCUAUCUUCGAAGAUGUGAGUGCGAUGAAGUUCGAGGGUAUGGAGUUCACCUGUGAGGCCAUGCAGCGGCCAUGGCGACACUCUCGGGAGUUUGAUCCAAACCCGAGAAGCCCGAUCUGGAGGAGCUCUGCAGCCCCGGAGCCUCUUGUUUGGGCCCGGAGUCCUGCAGGGUCGAUGCUUUACAGCAGCCAGGCAGCCAAAGUUUCCCAUGCGAUGAAGUGUUUUAAUAAGUGGAGGGCAGCCAACCCCGGAGCCGCAGAGGUAGCAUGA